AGGGAUAAUUAGAGGAGUAGGUCACUGUUAGACUGUAACGUCAGGGAAAAGGCAAGAAAAAAAGGAAAAGCGAAUCAAAGCCGCAAACAAUAUCAGAAGAGGGAGAUAAGAGUCUAAAUCGACCAUCAUCAGCGCUGACGUCCAGCUUUGGCAGAUGCGAGCAGUUUCCUCCGGCUCCCAGCAUCCAAUUACAAUGGACGAGCUGAGCCUGUGUGGACUCUAAACCGCUGCCCAGUCAGGAGCCAAGGAGAAAAAAGCGAGCGGAGCGGAGGGAGGGAAACAAUGCUCUGGCUCAUUUAUCUGCAGUGAUUUUGAAGUGGGAUUCAUCUUUUUUUAAGAUAUAUAUAUAUAUGUACAUAUAUAUAUACAUAUUUAUAUUUUUUAUUUUUUGUCUAUUAAGUCGCUCGAGCAAGUGAGAAGACUACUGCCAAGAUCAAGUCCGUGCACGCAGAGAAACGGUUUUGUCUGUGAAGGCCGACUGUAAAACCACUAUGGUCCUCUCGUGGUUCUCCAGACUCACCCUGCUCGUAAUAGCCCUCAUCCCUCAGCCGUCCCUGGGAUGCCCCUCCGGCUGUCGCUGCUACAGCCUCACGGUGGAGUGCGGAUCUCUUGGGAUCAAAGAAAUCCCUCAGGGUGUCCCUGCUGUCACUGAGACCAUCUUUCUCCAGGAUAACGCUAUAGUGCAGAUCCGUCUUCAGGACUUGACUCGCCUGGGCAGCCUCCAUUACCUUUACCUCCAGAACAACAGCAUCUCAGCCCUGGAGCCCGGGGCGUUCCUCAGCCAGGGGCAGCUGCUGGAACUUGCUCUCAAUGGCAACCUCAUCCAUCUGGUCACCCCUGACAUGUUUCGGGGUCUGGAGCACCUCCGGAUCCUCUACCUCGCCGGCAACCAGAUCACUCGAGUCCAGGACCACACCUUCAGGGGACUGCAGCGUCUGCAGGAACUCCACCUGCAGGAAAACAGCAUAGAGCUGCUGGCAGAGCAAGCCCUGUCUGGCUUGUCAUCUCUGGCCCUGCUGGACCUCAGCAGAAAUCACCUCCGCACCCUGGGAGCCUCGUCCCUCAAACCACUUGUCAGCCUGCAGGUGCUACGUGUCACAGAGAACCCAUGGCGCUGUGAUUGCGCUCUUGGCUGGCUAAGAACCUGGAUCAGCAAAGACGGCCAGCGUCUGUUGAGCUCUGCUGAGCAGCGUCAGCUGAUGUGCUCAGAACCGCCUCGCCUCUCCCACCUCAGCCUGGUGGAGGUGGCCCCAAACAGCCUGGUCUGCAUUCCCCCCGUGGUUCAGCUGGAGCCCAGUCACCUGACCGUGCGACUAGGGGAGAGCCUCAGAGUCUCCUGCCAGGCCUCAGGAUACCCUCAGCCUCAGGUGACCUGGAAGAAAGCCUCCCACGGCAAGGCCCAGUUAUCACCUCGAGGCCUGGUUCAAGAGCUGGGGCCCAACGGUGAGCUCUUCAGGCCUGGGGCCGGAGGAGUGGUGACAGCCCUGCCCAGCAGUGGAGGGAUGAAGGUGGGAGGUGUUGGCGGGAUCCACGGGCUUGUGCGCGGAGCUGAGGAAGGGGGCGAGAGGGACAGCUUUGACCCGGACAUGGGCAGCGGCAUGUUGUUUCUCAGCAACGUAACCGUAGCGCACGCUGGACGCUACGAGUGCGAGGCCUGGAACCCUGGUGGUGUAGCCAAAGUCACUUUUCACCUGGCCGUCAACAUGUCUUCUUCCUCGUAUUCAUCCCAGUUCUGGCCUCGUUCCAACACGCACUCCUUUGUUUCCUCUUCGUCUAACUCCUUCUAUCAACCAGAGGUUCUGGACGUGAGCCAGGAGCCGUUGUAUGAGCAGGACAGCAUGGAUUUCAGUGCUCUGGGCCCCGCCACACAAACCGCCAUUGCAGUGGGCAUCUCCUUGCUAGCGCUGACUGCCGUUCUCCUCCUGAUUAUGAUCUACACUCGUCACCAGCAGUACCGCAAAGAGGAAGGGGGAUCCUAUUGUACCAGCAAGGAAGAGAGCAUCCUUUACGUGAAUGACUACUCUGAUGGACCCACCACCUUUGCUCAGCUGGAGGAGUACCGCGAUGACCACGGCCACGAGAUGUACGUCCUCAACCGGGCCAAACCCGUUCUGGGGUCCUCUUCUUCCAGGUGUCCCAUGAUGAGCGGGUUUGUCCAGCAGAAGGGAAUGAAGGAGGCUCUCCUGGACCAUGAAAUGGUGCAGACACUGACCCGAUCGGGGGGAAUGGGGCUUCGCAGAAACCCAGCAGACGGAGGAGAGGGACCCCUAACAACGGACCCGGAGGAGCUCUUCCUCAGUCAGAGCCUCCUCUUCGGAUCACAGGUUGCCUACGAGAUCCACUGCUAAAGGGGCUUUAAUUUGUUUUCUGACAUAAAACAACAUGCUGAUGGACUUAAUUAAAGACAUUAAAAGGAAAAUCACCUCGGUGCACUGAUUUGAAGCAUCAGAUCAUCAUGUGGUCUUCAGAAGAAGGGGGAGAGUGUCAGUUCGCGGUUGCUAUGGGAAAUCUGGAUCACAACCAGCUUCUCAGAGAACCUCGUCUGAUUGAUUGUGUGGCAUUAAGAUGGGUCAGAGGGAUGAACGGUGAUCAUCGAAGGGAAAAUAACAAACUGAACCAUACCUGUCUGUCUCCAAAUCAACCCUUUAAAGAUAAUUAUACAUGGCUAACCUUAAGUGACAGUAAAUCUAAAUCCUCACAAAAGAGGCUCAAACUGUGCAGCACAUAGUGGCAACUAACUAAUAUUCAUUAAAACAGUGGCUCAUAUUUUGUACUUUACGUCUUUUUUUUUUUCUUUCUUUCUUUAGGCUUUGUGUGUCUUGUCUGUGUUUUGUGUAAAUAUAAUGAAGCUAAGUUACACUGUGAAGUACAGUUGUUGUUAUUGUGGACCCUGUUGCAGAUUAGAUUUAGACCUAAACCAGUCCUCUAACUGAAACUGCAUUAUCAUUAUCCAUAUGUGUGAGUGGGCGUAGAGUGGGUGGAUUUGUUUAAAGAGGUUCAUUUUGAAUGCAGCAGCGAGUCUUUUAUACAACAUUUGUACCAUAGCACUGUAUUACUUGAUGUUAACAUGCUAUGAUUUCUUUUUGUUUUUUUUCUACCUGUUUGUUGAAACACUGGAACAAAGAAAUGUCAUUUUCAUUGUCUGAACUCGACUCUUUGGUGAAAUUAAUGCCAUUAACAUAAGUUUGUGACAACCAUUCUAGUGUGAAUAUCGCACAGUUUGUCUUUGGUUUCUACGUAAUAAAAUGUAUUUUAAAAGA